CAAAACAAGAAGAACCAGAGAAGCCAGAGCUCAGGAUUUUGCUUCUUGGAAAAACUGGAGUUGGAAAGAGUGCUUCAGGAAACACCAUCCUAGGAAAGGAAAAUGCUUUUGAAUUGACAUCAUCAGAGUGUCAGAAGGAAAGAGGAGAGUUUGGAGAUCAAAAACUGGCUGUAGUUGAUACUCCAGGUCUGUUUGACACCCGUAAGCCUGAAGAGGAGUUAACAGCAGAGAUGGAGAGAGCCAUCUGCUUUGCUGCUCCUGGUCCUAAUGUGUUCCUGGUUGUGAUUCAGGCCAACAGAUUCACAGAAGAAGAUCAAGAAACAGUGAAAAUCGUUCAGAAGAUGUUUGGAAAAAGGUCAGCAUGUUCCACAUUAGUUUUGUUCACCCAUGGAGAUGACCUAAAGUCAGAUGGAAACACCAUAGAAGAAUUAAUCAGUAAAAAUCCAGCUCUCAGUGACUUCAUCGAUCAGUGUGGUGGAGGAUAUCAUUUCUUUAACAACAAAGACAAGGAUCCCUCUCAGGUCAGAGAGCUGCUGGAGAAGAUCAACACCAUGGUUCAGAGAAAUGCAGGAAGAUACUUCACAGUUGAAAUGUUCAGAGAGGCUGACCUCAGGAUUGUUCUUAUUGGGAAAACUGGAGUUGGGAAGAGUGCAUCAGGAAAUACCAUCUUAGGAGAAAAAGCUUUUAAAUCCUCAUCAUCUUUUUCCACAGUAACAUCAGAGUGUCAGAAGGAAACAGGUCUGUUUGAAGGUCAAAAACUGGCUGUAAUUGAUACUCCAGGUUUAUUUGACACCAAAAAAACUGAAGAGCAGGUGAAGAGAGAGAUCAGUCGCUGCAUCUCCUUUGCUGCUCCUGGUCCUCAUGUGUUCCUGGUUGUGAUUCAGACCAACAGAUUCACAGAAGAAGGACAAGAAACUGUCAAAAUCAUCAAGAACACGUUUGGAGAACAGUCAGCUUGUUACACUAUGGCCUUGUUCACCUGUGGGGACAAUCUUAAGGCAGACGGAGACAACAUAGAAAACAUGAUCAAUAAUAAUCCAAUUAUCACUGACUUCAUCAGUCAGUGCGGUGGAGGAUAUCAUGUAUUUAACAACAGAGACAAGGAUCCCUCUCAGGUCAGAGAGCUGCUGGAGAAGAUCAACACAAUGAUUGCGAGAAAUGGAGGAGGAUGCUACACCAAUGAAAUGUUCAGAGAAGCUCAGAGAGCCAUGAACAAACCAGAAGCCGACCUCAGGAUUGUUCUUGUUGGGAAAACCAGAGUUGGGAAGAGUGCAGCAGGAAACAGCAUCUUACAGGGAAAAUGCCGUGGAGGAUAUCAUGUUUUUAACAGCAGAAACAAGGAUCCCUCUGAGGUCAGAAAGCUGCUGAAGGAAAUCAACAAUCUGACUGAAAGAAAAGGAGGAUGCUACACCACCAAUAUGUUUGCAGAGGCAGAGAAAGCCAUUAAAACAAAGAUGGAACGACUUCAGAAAGAAAAUCCAGAGAUGACGGCCAAAGAAGCAAGAUACAAAGCAGAAAGAACGAACGAGGUUACUCAGGGGAAUUGGGAUGCCAUUAUUGGUGGAACUGCUGCAAAAGUUAGUGCUGGAGUUGCUACUGCUGUUGGUGCUGCUGUUGGUGUUGGAGUUGGAUUUUUUGCUCCAGGAGUGAAAGAUCUCCUCUAG